ACCUUCGCUCUUCGCCCUCUCUCCUCCCUCUUGCUCUAUCUUUCCUUCUCUCACAGGUGUGUUUUAGAGGUGUUUCUCCGUCACACAGGUGCAGUAUGCUAAGUCAAGAGCCAGAAACAACAGGACUGAUGAGGAUGCCACACACACUGUACACACAAUGUUUGCACACACCGAGGUGUUCUGAGCCAAAGUGAAGCGCACGCGCACGCCCGCGUGUGUGUGUGUGUGUGUGUGUGUACAUACUCCUCUGUCUCACUCUCACCUCUUCCACUCACUCAUCUGGCUUCUAGCUCAAGUGGAUUCUGCUGACAGCAAUUACAUCUCUCACAUGAACGGAGGUCAAAACAGACAGAAGUCAUUUACCUGAUGGAGGUGCUCAGUCUGAAGUGUACAGAUCUUCAGGAAAAGAUGCUCUAAGUUUAUAGGAGACCUGAUCACAUGGAUGGGAGGAGUUCCUUAACUCUGGGCCAACCGGGUGUCCCCCCUCAGUGAUGUCAUCACUGACCCUCAUCUUAAACAAUAUGUUUCCGGCGCUGAUGAGCUGAAAUCCCACCCAUUAGUGAUGGAAAAAAAAAAGUCACGCAAUUUGGAAUUUCCGACCUUGGGUCAUAUCAAUAGCCUUUCAGAGUUCAGCGCUAUAAAUAAGGGAUGGCUUUCAGAUGUAACCUGAAGAGAACCGAAGUCUCCCGACACCACAGCAUCCAGCACUCAAGAGGCAACAAGGCAGCCAAGACCAACUGCAAGAGAGCAACAGCUGAGCUGAAUCUUACUCACCUUCUCCUGCACCAAUCUAAACUGACAACAUGCUCUCCAAAGUGAAGAAGGCCAUCACUCCACUGUCCGCUGUGCGCAGCCUGCACAAAUCAGCCUUGGAUGUGGUGGAUCGGCCUGCCCCAGAGGAGACGGUCACAAGCAGCUUCGGACGCUUCAUCCAGGGCGUGCGGCCCCAGCAUUUGUCCCCCACAGUCCUGCAGCGCAGCAAGCGCAUGGUGCUGGACAGCCUGGGCGUGGGCCUCAUCGGCAGCACCACCGAGGUGUUCGAGCUGGCGCUGCAGCACUGCCAGCACAUGUAUGCUCCGGAUUACAUCAGCUCUGUGUACGGCCGCAAGGACACAAGGCUCUCCCCUACCCUGGCAGCCUUCGUUAACGGCGUGGCGUCCCACUCCAUGGACUUUGAUGACACCUGGCAUCCGGCCACCCACCCCUCUGGUGCCGUUCUGCCCGCCCUGUUGGCCAUCAGUGAUAUGUUGCCUGGCAACAGCAAGCCAAGCGGUCUGGACUUCCUGUUGGCCUUCAACGUGGGCAUCGAGGUCCAAGGUCGGCUGUUGAGGUUCUCCAACGAAGCUUGCAACAUCCCAAAGAGGUUCCAUCCGCCCACAGUGGUGGGCACUAUGGGCAGUGCAGCGGCCUGCGCCCGCCUGCUCUCCCUGGAGCGCUCCCAGUGCAGCCAUGCCCUGGCCAUUGCUGCCUCUCUCUCGGGUGCGCCCAUGGCUAAUGCCGCCACGCAGUCCAAGCCCUUCCACAUUGGCAACGCGGCGCGCCUGGGCCUGGAGGCGGCACUGCUGGCCUCUAGAGGCCUGGAGGCCAGCGCGCUGGUGCUGGACGCAGUGCCCGGCGUGUCAGGCUUCAGCGCCUUCUACGAGGACUACGCCCCACGGGCACUGCCCUCGCCCGAUGACCAUGACUCCCACAGCUUCCUGCUGGAGGAGCAGGACAUGGGCUUCAAGCGCUUCCCGGCGCACCUGGGCAUGCACUGGGUGGCCGACGCCGCCGCCACCGUGCACGAGGCCCUGGUGGGGCUGACCGGUGGAUGCGUGUCCCCCGGGGCAGUGCGCGAGAUCCUCCUGCGUGUGCCAGUGUCCAAGUACAUCAACCGGCCAUUCCCGGAGUCCGAGCACGAGGCACGUCACUCGUUCCAGUUCAACGCCUGCACUGCGCUGCUGGACGGCGAGGUGACCGUACGCUCGUUCUCCGACGAGGCGCUGCGCCGGCCUGAGCUGCACGCCCUGCUCGCGCUGGUGCGUGUCCAGCACCCCGCCGACAACCCGGCCAACUUCGACCGCAUGUACGGCGAGGUGCAGGUGACGUUGGCCAGCGGCGACGUGCUGCGCGGUCGCUGCGACACCUUCUACGGCCACUGGCGCAACCCGCUGACCGACGAGAGCCUGCGCAAGAAGUUCCGCGGCAAUGCUGGUACCGUGCUGCCCGCCGACCGGGUCGAGGGACUCAUCCAGGCCGUGGACCAGCUGGACCAGCUGGGCGACUGCAGCCCUCUCCUCGCCCAGAUCCAGUGAGCGACGUCGCUCCUCCUCCCAGUGCCCACUCCUGCUCGCCAGUUUUUCCGGUCUCAGAGCCAGAAUUUCCAAUCCAAGAAACCAGUGCCAGUGAGGCCUUUGGUACACCAUGGUUUUUAGAGUUGUACAUAUGCUGUAAGUUAGUUUUCAAAUUGGCUUUCUUGUCCAUCUGUCUGUUGGUUUGUUUGUUUUUCUU